GUCGCAGAGCGACAGAGGUUGGAAAAGUUUAAAGAAGGCAUUGGCCAAUGGAAAGUUCAACACAUGUGAGACUCCGAAUGAUUCCUCAACUGCUGUCCCCCACUUGUGACAAAAAGUCUCUCGGCUGCAGCCAGGCAGGGCACAGGAAGGGUUCGGCUGCCCGAGAGUCCAGCUGUCUGCUUGAACGUCAGUCCCGGCCCAGGGCUGAGGGGUCAGCGGAGAGCGCCCCGCCGCGGCUGAGACGCCGAGCUGGGGUUCUGGACCCCGGGGCGCCGCCUGGGACUGCUUCGGGGCUGGAGAUUCCCUGGGGCCGCCCGCCACCCCGCACGGCGGCGCCCCGGGUCCCCAUCGCGCCUGGGAAGGGCCCGGGGGAGCGGCUCCGCCCGGGCCUGGAAACCGGGUCAACGCGGCUAGGGCCCAGGGCCGCCUGCGGUCCCCUGCAGGCGCCGGGAAGGGGCCAAGCGCCCGGGGCCGGGGAGGGUCAGGAUCGGCUUCCGACGGCCGCCUCCCGGCCCGCAGGGGAUAAGAAGGCGCGGGAGGAGAGCGUGCGCAGGCUACAGCCCUCCGGGAAGCCGCGCCGGGCGCCGGCACUACCCAGGGCGAGAGCGGCGCAGAGCGUGGCCACGGCUUGGAGGCGAGCGGCGGAAGGAAGGCUCCGCGGAUUGCGGGCGAGUCGCACCUGGAGCCGGCGCAGCCGUGACUACCGAGGAGUAGGCGGAGGAGACGGCGGCUGUUCCAGAGGAGGGAGUCGUCAUAACCGGCUACUGCCGCUCACCGGAAACCUUCGGCGCUGGAGCUGGGCCAGGGGGCGCCAAGGAGCAGCUGGGACACCUUGGCCAGCCGGCGCCAGGGGAGGGAUCGGGUCCCGCAGAGGCAGGACCGGGGCGACACCUCGGAGGGUCAGGGCGCGGGGAGUGGCCUCCACCCGGCAAGCGCGGCUGGGAGGGGUUCAGAGUGGGGGAACCUUCUGCUCUUCCUGGCGCUCUCCAGCGAAGGUUCGCGCGAGUCCGCCAGCUCCCUCACUAGGGCCGGAAAGACCCGCGGCGCCGGCCGAAGCCGGACCCCCAGCUCCAGCGCCGCAGCUCGCGCCUCCUGAAGCGAGAGGCAGAAGUUGCUGCCCUAACUUCCAAAUUUGAGAACUGAACAUAGUUCGCCGAAUACACUUUGUGGUGCUGAGGAUACUUUGGAGUCUACACACAUUUUAAAAGCGGUAUAGUUUACACAUCUGUAAACUCAUCAAGUUCAAAUGCUACUCUGUGGAGUUUAAUUUUUGGGUUUUGUUAAUUUAGAACAUUUUAAUUAUUACUGCUUUGUAAUUAUUUGAACUCCCAUCCCCCAUUGUCUUCUCCUCUAAGCACCCUCAGUCCUAGUAUUCCAUCUAGAGCACAGUAGAGUUGAUCAUUAAAUAGUGACUAAAGUUGAACUGAUUAUAUGAAGGCGAUACCUUCAAAACAAACAUGCUGACCUGAUGCUCAAAUGCAUCAGGUCGGCAGAAGUAAAUAAUAUGAUCAUAAGGAAACAAGUUUGUUUCCAAAGGCUUACAUGCUUUUUAAGUAAUUUUUUAAAAGUAAUGUUGUUUAAGAAUUGUUACAGGUUCCAUUAGUGACCUGCUAGAUUAGGAACAUUAUCUGAAAUUUUCGUCAAAUAAUAACAGCAAAAACAUAUAUGGUAUUUGACCUGUGCCAAACAUUGUUCUAAAGCACUUUACGGUAUUUUUUUUUUUUAAUAAAAAAGAAUUUGCCUCUAAGGGAACUGUCAGAGGCAUGUGAACCAGAGCAACCCCAUCUUAAAUAGGAGCUGGGUAAAAUGAGGCUGAAACCUACUGGGCUGCAUUCCCAGACGGUUAAGGCAUUCUAAGUCACUGGAUGAGACAGGAGAUUGGCACAAGAUACAGGUCAUAAAGACCUUGCUGAUAAAACAGGUCGCAGUAAAGCAGCCAGCCAAAACCCGCCAAAACCAAGAUGGCCAUGAAAGUGACCUCUGGAAGUCCUUACUAUUACACUCCCAUCAGCCCCAUGACAGUUUACGAAUGCCAUGGCGACAUCAGAAAGUUACUUUAUAUGGUCUAAAAAGGGAAGGCAUAAAUAAUCCAUCCCUUGUUUAGCAUAUCAUCAAGAAAGAAUCCUAAAAAUGGGCAGCCAGCAGCCCUUGGGGCUGCUUUGUCUAUGGAGUAGCCAUUCUUUUAUUCCUUUACUUUCUUAAUAAACUUGCUUUCACUUUGCACUGCA